GCGAUAUUAUAAAAAAAAUACUUUUAACAGAUAAUAUAUAUCAACGUUUAGUAAUAAAAACCACAACGAGUGUGCUUAUAUAUAGUUCCAUGCAUUUCCUAGUCUUUACAUUGUCGACGACUAAACAAUGAUGAAGAAUAUUGGGCUAGUUUUCUGGACAAUCGUAGCAGGCGUAACAUGUCAAAAUGCUCUUGAGGAAUUUAAACAAGGAAAUAUUAAGUUUUCGGCUCGACUAUAUAAGGAAGUUCUCAAGGAGAACAAGAACUUCAUUAUCAGCCCCUUCUCAAUAGAGGUGAUCUUGGGAUUGACUCAGGCCGGGGCAGUAGGACGAACAUUCAACGAAUUCACUUCAAGUUUAAAUUUACCGUCAACGCAAAAUAAAACGCAGGAAGCUUUGAAAGAAUUCCUGCCCUCCCUUCAGCACAAUUCGGACAAUCUCACAUUAACGACCGCUAAUAAAUUGUACCUCGGGAAGAAUUUAAGCAUUAACAAAAAUUUUGAGAACAUCGCUAAGUCGAUUUAUCACGCGGGCGCACAAAAUGUCGACUUCGCAAAUGCUGAAAAGGCGGCAAAAAUAAUCAACGAUUGGGUAGAACAGCAGACCAAGAAUAAGAUACAAAAUUUGAUUGAUCCCAAGCUACUCAACGAGUUUACCAGAUUAGUUCUGGUAAAUACGCUCUAUUUUAGCGGAACUUGGACUUUUCCUUUUGAAAAAAGGCUGACCCGUAAAGGCAAAUUUUAUUCCGGCAACAAUUCUACUGACGUUGAAUUGAUGCAUUUGGUGGAGCGCUUCGGGUAUUACGACGAUCGAGAACACAAGGCCCAAUUUUUGGAAUUAAAAUUCCGUGGAGGUAACGUUAGCUUGACGGUGAUCUUGCCUCACGAACGGAACGGAUUGACUGCGGUAGAACAGAACGUGGAAGAUCUGCUCAAACCUCGACCGCUGCAAACUGAAAGAGUGGCCGUAACGUUGCCUAAAUUCACGACGAGCAGUUCAUUUGCACUUAAGCCAAUUUUGCAAAAUUUGGGACUCAAAAUUGCAUUCACCAAACAGGCCAAUUUUUCGGAAUUAUCUCAGGAACCUCUCUAUAUCGAUACGGUUAUUCAGAAGGCAUUCGUUAAUGUUUCGGAAAGCGGCGUCGAGGCGGCUGCGGCAACAGCAGUUCUAAUGAUAUCUGGUUCGAUACUUCCUCGUCCAUCCAUCUUGGAAGUUAUUGUCGACCAUCCUUUUCUCUACGUCGUCAAAUAUAACAGAUUAGUUUUAUUUGUGGGUCGUAUUUUUAAACUUAAUUAACUUCCAGUGUGUGUGUAUUUAAGUAUAAGUGUUGAAUAUUAGUUCAGAACGAGAUCAGAAUUUUCAAUGACCUUAAUGUAUUAAAGAAUGAGCCAAUUAGUUCUGAUAUUCUAGUUUGACUAAAAAUUCAAAACGCGCUCAGUUUCAAUGAGGCCAAUGUAAAAAUAUAUAACCAAAUUGAUGUUCCAUGUAAUUCAAGACUUUUCUAAAUCUUUGACGAAAUUCACUUGUCAAUACAUAUACAUAACUGAGCUCAGAUAAGGGUAAAAUCAAUAUCUCUUAAUUCUGAAAGCCGUUUGUGACUUCUGAAACUAGUAUGAUUACUUAUAUAGACUAAGAUAUGUUUAUUACCGCAAUUUAAAACGUAUAUCUACACAGUAGAACC